UGAUCCGCAACGUGAAGUUUAAGAUCCUGGAUGCAGUGAUUGCUCAGGAGCCCUUGCACCGGGGUGGAGGACAGAUCAUCCCGACGGCCCGCAGAGUGGUCUAUUCCGCUUUCCUGAUGGCCACCCCUCGCUUGAUGGAGCCCUACUACUUUGUGGAGGUGCAGGCUCCUGCCGACUGCGUGUCUGCGGUGUACACGGUCCUGGCUAGGCGAAGAGGCCACGUGACGCAAGAUGCUCCAAUCCCGGGCUCCCCUCUCUACACCAUCAAAGCCUUCAUUCCAGCCAUUGACUCGUUUGGGUUUGAGACAGACUUGAGGACCCACACGCAGGGACAAGCCUUCUCGCUCUCUGUCUUCCACCACUGGCAGAUUGUGCCUGGUGACCCCUUGGACAAGAGCAUCGUCAUCAGACCCCUGGAGCCCCAGCCAGCCCCGCAUCUGGCCAGAGAGUUCAUGAUCAAGACCAGGCGUAGGAAGGGCUUGAGCGAGGACGUCAGCAUCAGCAAGUUCUUUGAUGACCCCAUGUUGCUGGAGCUGGCCAAACAAGAUGUCGUUCUCAACUACCCCAUGUGA